AUGUUUCGUCUUAUCUUACUCACUCUUCUGAGCAAUGCGCUAGCCAAACCUUACCAACAAGUAGAGACUAACUUCUGUACGGAUAAAGGGCCUGGACUCUUCUCACAGGGAUGCUCUUCAAAUGUUACCAUAUGCAACCAUCAUGGAAAGGAGAUGUGGUUGCUAUGCCCAUUUGAUUUGAUCUACGACGGAUCGAUUGAGGAAUGUAAAGACCAGAAAUUGGUUGCGGAUUGCAACUCUGCGGCUUCAGACUCGCAGAGUAUUGUUCCGCACGCCCAAGGUGAGCGCUUCAGUCCACAGUUAGCUUCACUUCGGCUGCUCGAAUGUCCAAAAGACGAAGUCUUCGAUAACGUCAAGCAGGGUUGCACUUCACCUGAUGAAGUCGUAGCGUGCAGAGCUGCCGAUGAACCCACCGAAAGUACGACAUCCAGCUCUGGCCCAAAAACUGACUGCGAGGGCUUGGCUGACGGGUUCUUCGAAAAGGAACCAUGCUCGUCAUUCUUCCUCACAUGCUCAGGCGGAGUGUCAAGGAUUCUCACGUGUCCAGCUAACCUUGUAUUUGACCAAAAGCUGUCCAUGUGCGAGUAUCCUGGCAAUGUUGAAAGCUGCAACUCACAGCCGGAAGAAGGCUCAGGCGAAGCACCUGUAGAGCAGCCUAGAGAGGGCUCGGCAGAAGGUUCUGGAGGAUCUCUUCGAGACGACCAGACCGAUUUCUUGACCGAACCAAGAUUGCAAACGGACAGUGCUAGCGAGUAUGCGAGGAAGUCUGAUGCAGAACAUACUUCAUCCGACGAACGUGCUGUUGAAGGGUCUGCAGAAGCUUCGGGAGAGCCCUCCGGAGCUCAUGAAGACUAUUCUGGCGAUGGCGUUGAGGCCUCUGGAGGGCUCUCCUAUGAAGCUUCGAGAACAUACGAAGCGUCAGGAGAGUCCUCCGGACCCACCUCUCAAGACGCAGCUGCCAAUCCAACCCAGGCUCCGCAGGUCGAGGCAAUGGAUGAGCCAACCACUCCGGUUCCUGAGACAGUGAGAGCGUUCUGUGAUGGCAAAGCUGACGGUUUCUACGCUCCCGGAUGCUCGUCGGAGGUUAUCGCUUGUAGAGGCGGAGAAGCCAGUUCGAUGCUCUGUCCGAACCACAUGCUCUACGACGAGAAGAAACGCAUCUGCGAAUAUCCUGAAAAUGUAGCUUGCUAUGUCGCUGCUAAUGAAAACACUGUUCACGUAACCUGUACGACUGAGGGACCCUCUGGAAAUGGUCGCUGCAGCAGAACAUUCACAAACUGCGUAGAAGGCAAGGCCUUCCAACUGACAUGUGACGAAGGAUACGUUUUCUCGGAGGAGCAUCGAACAUGUGCUGAGGCGUCUAAGGUGAAGGAAUGUUUACAGUCAGAACCAGCCGCUGAUGCUGGAGCUCCUGUACCGCAACCCCAGACAACUGCACUACCAGAGCAACCAGUUGUUGACACUGUAGCACCACAGACAACACAUGUGCCAGAACAGCCAGCUCCUGGCGCUGGAUAUGGUGCACCACCAGUGGAGACGACAUCGCUACCAGAACAGCCAGCUGCCGACGCCGUACCACCGCAGCCUGAGACGACCCCGCUGCCAGAGCAGCCAGCUGCCCGCGACUUGUAUGCCGCACCAGACAACACCGCUACCAGGACGGCCAGCUGCUGA